AUGCCUUGGAGUUUAGUUCCUUGCUACGGAUAUGUAAUUUCAGGAGCAAUCCACCUCCAAAUGAGACUUUUUUCUAUUAUAAAGCAUUAUGCCCCCCACCCUCCCGUUUUCUUUGCCUUGGAAAUACUGCCCUUGCGCGUGUUCAUGUGUGUCCAUUGUAUUUGUGUUGGGGUUCUGUCUGCUUUCUUUGAGGCUGCAUUCCGUUACAACCCGAGCCGAUCGCUGCUUCGUCUUUCCCGUGGUGUGAAUGCACGUUUAAGUGUCUGGGGUGGCUUCCCUCCCCCACCCCCUUGUGCUGUGGCUAUUUUCUUUGUGUAUUUUCUUAUUCGUGCUCCCCUAAAGCUGAGUGUGAUCCUUCGCCUUCCUGCUCAUUGUUACCCUUCUCUUUCUCUCCAGUGUGCUGUUCAGGUGAAACUGGAGCUGGGGCACCGAGCCCAGGUUAGGAAGAAACCCACCGUGGAGGGGUUUACCCACGACUGGAUGGUGUUUGUUAGAGGACCCGAGCACAGUAACAUUCAGCACUUUGUGGAGAAAGUCGUCUUUCACUUGCAUGAAAGCUUCCCUAGGCCAAAAAGAGUGUGUAAAGAUCCACCUUACAAAGUUGAAGAAUCUGGGUAUGCUGGUUUCAUUUUGCCAAUUGAGGUUUACUUCAAAAACAAGGAAGAACCGAAGAAAGUCCGCUUUGACUAUGACUUAUUCCUGCACCUUGAAGGCCACCCACCUGUAAACCACCUCCGCUGCGAAAAGCUCACAUUCAACAACCCAACCGAAGAAUUCAGAAGAAAGUUGCUGAAGGCCGGAGGGAUCAUGGUAAUGUCAGAUGGCACAUCAGUCUCUUCAGGACAGAGCCUUCAUCUCCCCAACCUUCCCAGUAACUCCCUGUCUUCUUCUGAAGUGAAAAAGAAAUCAUCUCAUGGGCCAAAGGACCCCAAUAAGAAUAUAAACACAAACAGCAGCAGCAGUAGUAACAGUUUUUCAAAGCCCCAUAAAUUAACAAAGGAGCACAAGGAAAAACCGUCUAAAGACUCAAAAGAACAUAAAAGUGCCUUCAAAGAACCUUCCAGGGAACACAACAAAUCUUCCAAAGAAUCCUCUAAGAAACCCAAAGAAAACAAACCACUGAAAGAUGAAAAAAUAGUUCCUAAGAUGGCCUUCAAGGAACCCAAACCCAUGUCCAAGGAGCCAAAAUCUGAAAAUAGCAUUCUUACUAUAACAGGUGGACAGCAGCAAGAAAAGAAAGGCCCUACAAAAAGGCCCCCUACUACAGAUUCUGAGGAACUUACUGCCAAAAAAAGGAAAAAAAGUAGUUCGGAGGCUUUAUUUCGAAGUUUUUCUAGUGCUCCCUCCCUGAUACUUACUUGUUCUUCUGACAAAAAACAAAUAAGGGAUAAAUCUCAUCUUAAGAUGGGGAAGGUCAAAAUGGAAAGCGAGACACUGGAGAAGAAAAAGCCUACUUUACCACCAUUUGAUGAUAUUGUGGAUCCCAAUGACUCUGACAUGGAGGAAAACAUGUCUUCCAAAUCUGAAUCUGAACAGCCUAGCCCUGCCAGUUCAAGCUCAAGCUCCAGCUCCAGUUUUACACCAUCUCAGAACAGCAGACAACAAGGUCCCUUGAGGUCUAUAAUGAAAGAUCUGCAUUCUGAUGAUAAUGAAGAUGAAUCGGAUGAAGCAGAUGAGAAUGAGAAUGACUCUGAAACGGAGAGACCUGUAAAUACUCGGGGAGGAAGUAGAGGUCGCAGGGUUAGUCUAAGUGACGGUAGUGACAGUGACAGCAGUUCAACUUCCUCACCUCUACAUCAUGAACCUCCACCACCUUUAUUAAAAACCAACAACAAUCAGAUUCUAGAAGUGAAAAGUCCAAUAAAGCAAAGUAAAUCUGAUAAACAAAUAAAGAAUGGUGAAUGCGAUAAGGCAUAUCUCGAUGAACUGGUAGAGCUCCACAGAAGAUUAAUGACAUUGAGGGAAAGGCAUGUACUGCAACAGAUUGUAAACCUUAUAGAAGAAACUGGACACUUUCAUAUCACAAACACAACCUUUGACUUUGACCUUUGCUCAUUGGACAAAACCACAGUCCGUAAACUACAGAGUUACCUGGAAACAUCUGGAACAUCCUGAGGAUACAGCAUCUGGCUGCAUCAAAAACUGUUUUUUAAAUAAAACAUUCAAAGUGAUGCAACCAAAAUGGAAAAAAAUAAACCAACCCUCUUCAGCUUUAUUUUUCUUUAAAGCCAGUCAUCAUCUCUUGAUAAAGGAGGGAAAAGUGACAAGACUCAGAGGAUCGCUCUUCUCACCAAGGAAAUGCUCUGGAAGAGUUAGCCUGGAUAGCCUUGAAAAAAAAACACAAAAAAACCCACAAAAAAACUUGUUCUUAAUGAAUGUGUAUGGUAUCAUGUAUCUCUCUGUGGUGUUCCAGUCCACAAGACGAAUGCAUGUUCAACACACUGCCUUAUUACAUAACUGAUCUAUUUAUUAUUGCAUACAUAUAUUCUAAAGUCAUUGAGGGAAUGACACUACCAGAUGUUACAAGUACUCGGGUUCCAUGUAUGCUCCUUUGAUGCAGCACCAUCACAAGCCUAGUAACCUUACUCAUGUUAAAAUGCCACUUAUUGCUGACUUUCUCUAGUCACUUAAAACACUGUAGUCUUGUUUCCACUUCUGCAGUUUCAGGAAACAAGGUACCAACUGGGGGACCAAGAAGUGGCCCUAAUAUUUGUCUCCAGUCUGCCACAGUGGGUUGGACCACAGGCUCUAUCCAUUUAUUGAUCUUAGACCAUGGUAAAAAAUGCACCAAAUAGGAUGAUAUGACUUGCUGUCUAGCCUUAGUCAAUAAACCAGUAGGACUUGUAACAAAAAAGUGUUACCGUGUAAUGUCCUGAAUCCAGCAUUGUUUGUCAUCAACAUUCUUGUGUCUGUUUUAAUGUUAUAAUAUUAGAUAUAUAUAAAAGUGAAGGUGUUCUACAGGAUCACCAUAAAAGGAAGAAUACUGGUCCUGUUUUCUAAGGAAAUGUUGUAGAAAAUUCUUAAUUUGGAGCUAUUUAUUACUGUGAGUUUCAAUACUCUUCUGCUGCCAGUGUGUGACUCACCUUUACCAUAAAAACUGUUGGCAUAGUAUUUUUGUUUGUUCAUACAGUACAUGGUCUGAUUAGACUUUUUUUUUUUUUUACAUCUGAUAAAUUAAAAUCCUUUCUUUGAAAAAAUAUCUUCGUUGAUAUACAGUGACAUGUUGGAAUAUAUAUAUGUUUAUAGGUUCCAAAUUUCAGUACCUGUUGAGUAAUCUGCUUACGUUUCCAGAAGGAUUUCUUGUCUGUGAAAACAAAUGUUCUUCCAUGUACAUUUCCUUAAAAUGAGGAAUAUUUCACAUACAUGUGCAAUCCAGAGAAUUUACAAAUAGUUUGAAAUCAGUGCUCUGUGAUCUCAUUAUGAUGGUUUCAUUAUGAAACCGUCACCUCUUUAUGGGAAAUUAAACUCUUGAUCCUGAUGAAAAGAGAAUGCAAUUAAGAAAUACUUCUGGAUCCGAAGGUUUGUUCAGUCUUAAGAAAACGUGUUUGCAGAGAGGCCAGUAUAUUUCCCAUAUAUGCUUACAUGCCAGAUGUAGUAUAUUCAUUCACAGUUGAACAACGGUAGUAUCUGUAUGUUUUAUUGUUUCAUGUACAUGGUUUUGUGCAGUUCAGUGAAACUAGAUUCCUGCUGGGGUUAUUUCUUCAUAUUCAAAUGGGAAUUAACACUGUUUCUUUAAGUCCAAAGAAAAUCGUAUAUUUUAUUUUGGGGUUUUUUUUUCAGUUUUUUAAAUUUAAAAUGUUGUUUAACCGUACUCCCAUGGAAAGUCUCUUUCAGGCUUCCAAAAGAACAAGUGUACUUUUUUCAGUAAUGUUAUGACUCUUAUUGAUGAUUGGCAUGAAACAUACUUGAAGCGUUAUGUUGUUAAGUCCACGUCUCAAUGUGCAAUUGUUGGGGGGAAAACAUCUUUAAAAAUCAUUUUGACAUUGGAUGAUGAUGGGAGGGUGGGGAAGGCAUGUUGGAGGGUGGGGUUAAUUUUUGUCAACAUUUUAUAUGAAAAGUUUUGAAAUCUAAAAGCAAUCUUUAAAAAAGUCUUUGAACUAAUAGUGCACAUUCAACUUACCACCUUUUUAGUUAAAUCAGAUACCUGUGGAGUCUGGUCCAUUUUGACUUUUCUAACUAAAUUUUGUGGUAAAAACUCUUGAACUUCAAGAGGGAAAGGGAGCCCAAGAUUUCUUCUAGCAUGAAUUGACUAUCCUGCUGUUUUAAAUAACUGGUGAAAUAAGUCAUGUUACCCAUAGAAAUACUAGCCAACUUCUACUGUACGUAUGAAUGGGGGUGGAAGGGUAGAGAAGCCCAUAUAAAAGAGAGACUAUUGCAAUAACAAUAUAACUUUACCUCUGAAUUUCAUAUAAAUCCUUGAUCAUCGUUAAAUAAAAUCUUAGUGCUCUAAUUUGAUAAGAUUUGGAAAUAGACUGCAGCUGCAUUUUAUGUGUGUUAACUGUAAAGUGAGUUUUCCACAAAAUUCUGAUAGAAUGAGAGUCACUAAGCGUUGAUCUCUUUAAAAAACAAAAAAGUUUUACAGUAGCUAUUUUCAUCCAGUUUUGUAUGCAGAAACAAAAUAAAUCCUUUUUCAAUUAAUUUCAAAUAGUCAUAUUUCUCUUAAAAGAAAAAUCAUAAAAACCCUACCUAAAUCCACCACUUUUAUGAUCGUUGAUCCUUGGGACCAGUUAAAAUGUUUUCACAUACGUUCAGCCUUACAACCGCUACAUUAGCUUUUAAGUGCAAGAGAAUAAAAGGUUUGGGAUUUCAUUUAGUGCAGACCUACUUAA